AUGUCCACCACUACCACUACUACUCUCAGUGAGGCCGUCCGCCUUCCUCCGGCCACGAAGCGGACUGAACUAGGGCCUGCUCCAACUUCUGACGUCUACAAGAUGUCCGACCAGCGUACCCAGACGUUGCAAAAAUUGUUGGAGAAAGGCCACGUUACGGUGGCGCCUCUGCGGAAUCCACAGUUGAUUCUACAUAGCCAUCUACCACAUCUCCUAGGCUCUGCUUUCGUUUUGGGCGCCGAUAGCCAGCAGCUCAUUGCGACGUAUGAGCACGACGUGAAGUCACUGGUAGACAUCGACGAGACAUUUGUUCGGGGUGACAAAAUUUCCAAGGGAAACUGGAGGCAGUUUCUUAGGGAGAAAUCGUAUACCGUUGCUUACGUCGAUUUUUUUGAUGACGAGGUUCGAAAGAAUAACGGAGACUGGGAAAAGGUGGUCCAAGAAUAUUUGUACACCGGAUCCGAACCUCUCAUCAACGGCUUUUGUGGCGGCCUUGGACACCCCUUUAUUCAUCUUGCGUAUGGAUAUGAGUUCCGAAUCCCUGAAGUCGUCACGGAAGCCCUUAGUCUUGGAUGUACAGAAUACGUUCAGUGCAGCCAUUUACUGGACAAUCCACCUCCAAUUCCUUCACCAUACAAAACCAGCGACCUAGCAGAGGUUAUCAGGCGUGUGAAAAAAGAUGAACGUUUCGACGGCAUUGUCGAGAUGCCUGGUACCGUCAACUUUGGUAUAGUGUUACAGAACCGUUUCGAAGCUUUUAUGGAACAUUGGAACGCUUGGGAGAUUAAUGAUCCCAUACCGCAGUUCGAGCACUGUUGCGACCUCUCAGUUCUAUUGGCACUCAGUACCAGCUACGGCGAGGGGAAGUACGACUUCUUCUAUGCCCAUAUUAUGACUGUUGCCCACGCCAUUCGCGUUCUCUGGCAUCAUUUCCCCUCGGAUAGGAGGGUCUCGAUCCUACGACAAUACGGUUUCUUCACCAUCCUAGUAUACAUCCUUCAGAAGAGGCUACCUUUUGAAAUGAGAGAGAUUGAGGCAGUUGCCACGGUUAACCGAGAUUGGACGUGGGUUUCAGAGACGGCACUCAAGCAUAGGUGGGCGCUGGACGAUCACUUCUUCAAGGUGGUCCGAGCGACGAAAGCGUUUGCAGAAACGUAUGGGGAAAAGGAUGGCUACUAUCUGAAGGCAGCGGUCAAAUACUUGACCGAAUUUAAUGGUUGGGAAGGAUUUGGGGAAGGCAUUAUGGGCUUUCUUCCAAGCCGGGAUGGGUAUAUUCCAGCAUAA